AUGGUCGAGGUAUCAAGCAAAGAUGGCUUGCACACAGUGGAGAUUCCCGAUGACGUUCUUACAACCUCGACCCCGCUAUGGGAGGACUUUGCAGUUAGCAAGUUCUUAGACGUAUCUCCCCAUGUUGCGAAAGUCCAUAUGGUCUUGAACAAGAUUUGGAAGUACGGUGAUACGUCUACAAAGGUGGAUGUGAUUGAGGUUAAUGCUACAACGAUGCGGUUCAAGGUGUCGAAUCCAAAAGCUAGGGAAAAGAUUCUGAGAAGAGGAAUGUGGAACAUAGCUGGAGUGCCGAUGGUAGUAACAAAGUGGUCACCGAGGUCUGAAGAGGAGAAGCAGGAGGAAGAGGCGAUUCCUAUGUGGGUUCACCUACAUAGAGUUCCACUUCACAUGUUCUCUUGGGAGGGUCUAAGUUUCAUUACAAGUGCAGUGGGAUUCCCCGUUAAACUGCACCCAGGGACUAUAGCGUGCACCAAUUUUGAAGAGGCAAAGCUGUUUGCAAAGGUAGAUGUCUCAAAGCCACUACCCAAAGAGAUUAACUUCUCAAGAAAUGGGAAGGAGUUCAAGGUAGAAUUUCAGUUUCCAUGGCUUCCGAUGAGAUGUAAGAAGUGUGAUAAAUGGGGGCAUGACACAGAGGCCUGUAAGAAUAAAGGGAAAGAUGUAAGUCCUCCCAUUGAAGUUGCAGGAGGAGAGGAAGUAAAGGCACUGAGAAUAGAGGAAAAUUGGGAACUCAAUAAAAAAGAGAACACGGUACAUGAGAGUCUGGAAAAAGCAGAUGAGGAAAGGAAUAUUGCAGAGGUGGAGACACAAGAGGAAGUAGAGAUGGUGAGAAGUAAAGGUAAUGAAAGUAACGAGGAUUCAAACUGGGCUCGGGUAUCUCCAACAAAGAUAGGUAGAUCGUUGGUCGGCUCACCACUAUCCAACCAGAAUGAUGAAAUCUGUAUAUCAGCAUCUAAGUUUGAGGUCCUUAGUGUUGAUGAGGAUGAAGAGGAGGGUGAAAUAAUGGAUGGAGAGGCUCAAAUAACUUAUGGUAGUAGCGUAAGGGAGGUUGUAGAGAAAGAACUCACAGUUACGCUCCUGGCAAGAGAGGGUACAGAUGAGAAGGAAGGAUUAAAGCAAAUGCAGACUAAAGUGAAGGAGGUAAAGGAGAAGAAGGCUAAGUCACAGGAGAUAAAUCAUGUGGCAAUGAGCACAAGAUUCAACAAACCUAUGAAGCAUUCCGUGGUAAAAAAAUGGGUAAAUAAUAAGGAGAUGAAGUUUGGAUGCAUUUUGGAAACAAGAGUUAAGGAGAAGAAGGCAAAAAGGAUUUUAAAAACAGAGUUCAGCGAAUGGUCAUCGACGACUAACUAUGAGUAUAACAAAGGAGGUAGGAUUUGGAUGAUUUGGAGAGACAUGGUGCGCAUGACUCCCGUUUAUAAAACGGAUCAGCUCAUCACGUGCUCUGUUGCAUUGCAAGAUGAAGAAGAGUUCUUUUGCUCAUUUAUAUACGCAAGCAAUCAGGUGGAGGAAAGGCAGGUGCUAUGGGAGGACUUAUGUCACCACUAUUACUCCCCAAUGUUUCAAAGGAAAGUGUGGAUCAUCAUGGGUGAUUUCAACGAGAUAUUUGAUAGCGGGGAGUAUUCAGGAGUUGAAAACUUGACGAGGUUACCUAGAGGAAUGAGGGACUUUCAGAGGAUGGUUCUUCACUGCCAUCUCUCAGACAUGAGAUAUCAGGGACCACUGCUCACAUGGUGCAAUAAGAGGGAGGAAGGGCUUGUGUGCAAGAAGUUGGAUAGGGUGCUUGAGGAGGAUAUAGUAGUCUCUAAUAAGAAGAAGAGUUGUAAAUGA